AUGGCGCCAUCUGUGCCUGGGAUCUGCGCCAAGGCACUGGACAGUUUUCUGAGGCGCCUAACAAACCCUUGCAAGUCCUUGCCCUCUGCCCUUUUCCACCAACAGGUCAUCUAUGGUGGCUGUUCCGAUGGCGCCAUCUGUGCCUGGGAUCUGCGCCAAGGCACUGGACACUUGGGGAACCACAACUCUUUCCCGCACUCAGCAUCGUCCUCACUACAGCAGUCGCUACAGAAGUCGCUUCCAGAAGGUGAAUCUCGUAGGCAUGGAGCAUCGAAUCACCACCAGCUGCUCAGCCAGACUUUGCCAUCCCGUGAUGUUUCGUCCAAGCAACUUACUUUGGCAGCAGCAGCAGCAGCAGCAGCCGCAGCAGGAGAAGCAGAAGCAACAGCAGCAACAGCAGCUGCAGUAGCAGCAGCCAGUGAAGCGUCUCAAGGGUCUUUUAAGAAAGGUAGUGCAUUGGUAGGAGCGCAGGCGAACGGCAGCAGUGGAAGGAGUGGGAAGGGGAAUGGAGGACUGAGUUUUGGCGGAAAUGGUGGGGGGAGUGGUGGGGAAAGCGAAGGUAUAAGUGGUGCUGUGGAGUGGGCAAGUGGAGUGACAGAGAGGGAUGGUAGGAGGCUGGUGGAAGAGGGGUUGCUUGCAGAGGUUGAGAGGGAUAUUGAUAAAGACGUAGGAGUGAGCGGCUGUGCUGAGAUGGACCUACUUAGAGGGGCGUUUUCCGAUCGCCUUGAGAGAAGAUUCAUGGGCUUUCAGAAGAAAGGGGCUGCUUCUGUGGGUAAGGCUUAUCAGAUGCUAGUGAGUGAUACGCUGCAGCAGGCAGGAACGAUCUCCUCUGCAGUCCAGCACCUGUCUUUUGACCCUGCAUCUGCCUCCCGCCUUUCCUUCCACCUCAACAACGGCUGGAGUGGAGUCCUGCAUGUGCCCUCGCUCUCCCUCUCCCACAUCCACUGUCCGCCCCCACCCUGGGUGAACACACAGCCAGAAGUCGAGGAGGACGAGAGGCUAUACGAGUACGACCACCCGCAACAUCAACAUCAACAGCAGCGCACGGUAGUGGCGCCACCAGUGGUGGAUUCGUGGACUUGGAGCCUUGUCAGUCGCCGGGUUCCCGCUUGGCUUCCGCAAUCGGUACUGUGUGUCCCCUCGGCCAGGGAUUCCCACCUCUUCUUCCUUGAUCUAGGCUCGGGAUCACCUCAUGCCACCCCAUCCUCCUCUGAAUCCAAUCACGGGAUGACAAUUUCAAAGGCAAGAGGAAACAACGGAACAUCAAGAUCGCCGUAUAUUGGUGCUGUCACUUCUUCGGUCGUUGCAGUAGCAGCAGCCCCCAAUAGUCUGGACGUCAUUGCAAGCACGAUA